UGCUGUUUGUUGUCAGCCGGCUGGUGAAUCAAAGCCAGAGCACACAGACAGGGCACUCCGACUUGGCCAACUGAGCCACACUCAGCCAGCCGAAGGACGAAGGACCUCGACCACGACCACGACCACGACUACGACAACUCGCGAAAUCAGAAACCAAAGAAGCCAAAGGCGAGAAACCAAUAGCCAGAAAGAAACCAGAGUCCUUUGGCUCGAAAAAAGUGUCCUGUGAUCGCGUGACGAAAAUUGUUUGUGUCUCGCGAAGCUCUGAAAAGUCCGGAAAAGCGAAAGAGUCCCCGGAAAGUUCACGAUCGCUUUUCCCGUGUUUUUUCCGGUUUUCGGUUUUCACCGUUUUUUUUUUGUUUUUGUUUUGUUUGCCGGCACAACGCACACACACACAACCAACGCACCACACACACAAGCAAGCAGUGAUAAUGAUGGUGAUGAAAAUUCAAUAACAAGUGGAUGCAACAAAUGCGCAUGAAAUGAAAAAUUUGUCCACACAAGUGUGAAAAACCGAGAAGUAGAAAUCAGAUAAAACUGAGAUAAUCAGCGAGCAGCAGAACCCAAUCAACCAAAUAAGCUGUGGGCCAAAGUGCUCCGAGAACGAACCCUCCAUUAGGCUUGGAUCAGCAGAAAGUAGCGAUUGUACUCCACUCACUUUGGUUCAAUUGAUUGAGGGACGUGGCAAAACAGCGACCAGAUGCAAGAUGAACCCGGAUCAACCGAUGCAAGCAAUGCAAACUGGGGCGCCGCCGCCGCCGCCCUCGCAGCUGACCGCCCACACAAUCGCCGCCGCGUCCGUCGUCACCGCUGCCCCGCCCACCGGCUCCACAGCGCUGCACUUCGGCGGCGGAGGGAUCCCCACCUCCUCCUCUUCUGCAGCUGCCUCCUCCUCCUCCGUCGGCGGAACAGCCGGCGGCAGCUACGUGUCCAUCGGCAUCCUGCCGAACAUGUCGCCCGCCCAGCUGCAACCGCUCCUCCUGCCCGCGCCGCCCAACGCGACCACCACCUUCAAGACCACGCCCCUCCUGCCCAUGCCCACGCUCGAGGACAUUGAGGUGGCCAACCAGACGGGCGGCCAGAGCGGUCAGGUGGUCGUUUCCAUGGCACCAACUUCGAUGGCGCCGCCGGGCAUUUUGAAGUACCCCACGGCGGGCUACGUUAACGACCUGAUGGCCCCGCCGCCCACACUGCCCCUCCCCCUGCCGCUGACCCACCCCCCACCGUCGGUGCCACUCACCUCGAUCGCCAGCAGCGCCGGCGGCAACAACAACAGCAGCAGCAACAGCACCAUCAUCGGUGGCAACAGCAAUUGCGGCACGCUCAAGAGCAACGCCAAAUUGCUGCCGCUCCAGCUAAUGGCCACGCCCCCGAGUCGCAAGGAGCCGCUGACGCCCGCCCACCCGCAGGCGGCCUCGAUUCAGGCACAGGCGCAGGCGCAGCACCAACUGCAGCAGCAACACCAACUGCAGCAGCAGCAGCAGCAACAGCAGCAGCAGAGACAGCGAAAGCAAAAGGGAUGGUGCUCCUGUUUCGGUUCGCAGCCUUCGGGUGGUGGCGCCUCAGGCAGUGGCGGUGCCGGGGGUGGUGGUGCGGGUGGGGGUGGUGAGACCGGAAAGACACCGCCCGGAUACGGAAGCAAGGAGGGGAAGAAGAAGAGCCGCAAGGCCACCUCGCAAACGGUGUGGUCCGCCCUGCUCACGAACCUCGGCAUCUGCAUGCUGCUGCUGGCCUACACUCUCCUGGGCUCCUUCAUCUUCCUGACCAUCGAGAACGAGGACUCCGCUCUGCUGCAUCAGCAGCACACUCUGGCCAGCACCAAGCGCAACUUGGCUGGCCUCGGGAUCGGAGUUGGAAUCGGGAACAGUAUCUACCAGCAAAGGACAUCGCACCAACACCAACAGCAACAGCAACAACAGCAGCAGCAGAUGCAGCAGCAGCAACAUCAGGCGGUACAAGGACGUCACGGGGACAAUGACACGGUGGCCGCCGCCGCCGCCGCAGUUGCCGCCCAAGGAAUGUUGGCCGGAAGCGCCAACGGCGGGCUUAAUCCAUUCGGGCCCGGUUCCAGUGGCGAUUUCGUUUACGGCGUGGACGAUGCGACGGACUUGGAGGCGGGCGGAAUGCCCCAGUUCGCCCUUUCGCCGGACACCUUCGACGUGCGGCAGCGGACCAUCGAGAACAUCUGGGACAUCACCGUCUCGCUGAACAUUCUCUACAAGGAGAACUGGACGAAAUUAGCCGCACUUGAAAUAGCCAAGUUUCAAGACCAAUUAAUCAAGAGACUGAACGAGGAUGUUAUGCUGCAAUUAUCGCACGACGAUGUGGCCAACGGCCCCUCCUCCUCCUCCUCGUCGUCGUCGUCGUCGUCGGGCGCCUCUGGUGUUCCGGGCAGCAACAAUCCGGCCACGGAAGCCGUGCUCCUUCACACACACUAUCAUCAUCACCGUGCCGGCGGCGUUGGGGGCGUGGCAGUGGGCGGAGGACCGCCGCACGAGUGGAAUUUUGCCAAAGCGUUUUUGUAUUCGCUGACCGUUUUGACCACAAUUGGAUAUGGAAACGUCGCACCGCGGACGACUCUCGGGAGGAUCGUGACCCUGGCGUACGCCUUCUUCGGCAUCCCGCUGACCCUGGUCUACCUGAGCAGCACGGGCAGCAUCCUGGCGCGGGUGGCCCGCGAGGUCUUCUCCAAAGCGCUGUGCUGCUGUUUAUGCUCGAAUUGUGGAUACUGCUGCUACGACGAGAAGCGGAUGGCCGAGAAGGAGCGGCGGAUGCGACGGAAGCGGCAGCAGGAGGAGCUGCGCAAGCAGCAGGCCGUCAUGCAGGAGCCCUACUACGUGCGGGACGUCUAUCAUGCCACGCCCGAAAAGGACGCCGUUCCGGGAGCUCCGCCUCCGAAUGCCGGCGGUGCGGGAGGAUCUGUCGGCGGACUGGGCGACAUUGACUCGCUGAGCGCCAGCGAAUCGAGGGGCUCCAUGCACGGGCUGAGCAUCCUGGCGCCGAUCCUCCUCUGCUUCUCCAUGAUGAUCAUUUACAUUGUGUUCGGAGCGGCCGUGUUGUAUCGCUUGGAGAACUGGCCCAUCCUGGACGGCAUCUAUUUCUGCUUCAUGAGCCUGUCCACCAUCGGUUUCGGCGACAUGCUGCCGGGUCUGCGCAGGGAGUCCAAUGCCACCACCUGGUUCUGCUCGGUCUACAUCAUGUCGGGCAUGACCCUCACGGCCAUGUGCUUCAAUGUCAUCCACGAGGAGAUCGUCCACCGCAUCCGCAUCGUGGUGGAGUUCAAGAAGACGAGUGCCGCCAAUUCCGGCGGCAGCUUGUCAAAUCCUGGUGGUGGUGGUGCGGGUGGUGGUGCCGGCGGUCCCGGCGGCUCAAUGAUGGACGUGGCGCACGAGGAGGGCGGCCAGUAUUACGUGCCCGCGUCUUGACACUACGAGAAGCGAGGGCAUCUCUACCAGCGCAACCCCACCGAAGAGACACUGGUGACAGACACACCCACAUCGCUGGUGCUGAAGGACUACGUGAACCACGAGCUGGUGCCCAUCCUCACGAUGGACCCGAACAGCGCCCGCU